UGGGCUCUUUCAGUCUUAGAUGCUCUCUUGGGGUAAACUAUAGAGGGUGACUGAGUUCUUCAAAGCCUCUGCUCACUUGGGUUUGAUUUUGAUUGAUUGUUCCUUUCAGAUAACCAUCAUUAACAGCAAAAAUGGUUAUUUCUGAUGAGAACCGUUCUAAUUUGGUCAGACCAACAGCUAUGCAAGGAGGACUAAAUGUGGGUACCGGUAAGCUUGGGCAACAGCAGGUUAGGCACACCAGGAGGGCCUUAGGAGUCAUUAAUGAAAGUUUAGUGGCAGCUCAAGGAUACCCCUGUGUUGUUAACAAGAGAGCCCUCCCAGAAAAACUUGAAUUCUAUGAAAAGAAGCAGGCGGAUCCAGCUCAUAGACCAAUUACAAGGAAGUUCGCUGCACAAAUUGAAAGCACUCAGCAGCAUUGUGCGAAGGAAACAAAGUUGCCCGAGCUACCAAACACAUCAGCCAUUAACUCAACUGGUUUUGGAGAUUGUAUAUUCAUAGACGAGGAAUGGGAGUCACCUGAAGACCAGGCUGACCAACCGGAGCCCAUGUUUUUAGAACAAGCAGAAACAGUACCGGAUGAAGCAGAUGAUACGAAGGAGAUUGAGAUGGAGGAUAUUGUGGAAGAGCCGAUUGUGGACAUUGAUGGCUGCGAUUUGAAGAAUCCACUUGCAGUUGUAGAAUAUGUUGAGGAUCUUUACGCUUACUAUAGGAGAAUGGAGGGUUUUAGCUGUGUCCCACCUAACUAUCUGGAACAACAAUUUGACAUCAAUGAGAAGAUGAGGGCUAUACUAAUUGACUGGCUUAUUGAGGUGCACGACAAGUUUGAACUCCUGAAGGAGACGUUGUUUCUUACUGUGAAUCUUAUAGAUAGAUUUUUAUCCAAGCAAACAGUCGUAAGAAAGAAGCUUCAGUUGGUUGGUCUGGUCGCCAUGCUUUUAGCAUGCAAAUAUGAGGAAGUUUCUGUUCCAGUUGUUGGGGAUUUAAUCCUUAUAUCGGAUAAGGCUUACACAAGGAAGGAAGUCCUGGAAAUGGAGAACUUGAUGCUUAAUACAUUGCAAUUUAACAUGUCAGUUCCGACGCCGUAUGUUUUCAUGAAAAGGUUCCUCAAGGCUGCUCAAUCUGACAAGAAGCUUGAACUGCUAUCCUUCUUCUUGAUAGAGCUUUCUCUGGUGGAGUAUGAGAUGCUUAAGUUUCCACCAUCUUUAUUAGCUGCUGCUGCAGUCUAUACUGCUCAAGCUACUCUUUAUGGGUUCAAGCAGUGGAGUAGAACCUGUGAGUGGCACACAAGCUACUCAGAAGAUCAGCUUUUAGAAUGCUCAAGUUUGAUGGUUGGCUUCCACCAGAAGGCACCAACAGGGAGACUCACAGGGGUACAUAGGAAGUAUUGUACAUCCAAGUUUGGCUUCACCGCAAAUUCGGAACCAGCACAGUUUCUCAUACAGACUCAACUAUGACAGAGCAUAUACUACUAACAUUACAUAUGACUUUGUAAUUGGGUUUCAUUGGGUGGGGAAGAAGAAGAAGCAGAAGAAGAAAGAAGAAGAAUUGCACAUAUGACUUUGUAAUUGGGUUUCAU